AUGUGUAUGAACCCAGUUGUACCAAAGGGAUCUAUUGAAGAUGAUAUUCCCCCACAUGCAAACGAGUUGGAUGUGAAAAAGAAUGAACUGGGACGCGUCAGUGAUCAACAAAAACAAAAUGAAACUUCUCUGACUGCCAUUGAAAGGGCAGCUACUGUAAUCGCCAAAAACAAAGAAAAAGCCGAAGAGUAUCAAAAAAUGUUAAAAACUGAAUUAGACAAGAGGGUGUUAGAAGAGAAAGACACGACUGUUUUCACGGUAACAUUCGAGGAGUAUUUCAUGGGUUGUGUGAAACAAGUUGCUAUUAAAAAUACGGACAACACCAUCACAAUUACUAAGUUCAACAUUUCACCAGAACUUCUGGACGGCACUUUGUUUGUUGUGAAUGGCAGGAAAUUUAGAAUGAAAGUUGUUCAUCCACGUUUCAGACGACAUAACAACGACGUCUUCUGUUACUUGAAAAAUGAAGAGAUCAACACGGUAUUUAAAAACAUCGUCGAAACACCCGAGUUUAUGCCAAUCAGUUUCAACGCAGAAGAAGUCAAUGGAAAAGAAAUGCGAGUAAAGUCUAUUGGGUUCAAAACGAAAAAUGGUGCUGGCGACUUUGUUAUAAAAAAGGUAGAUGGGCCGAUACCCAAUAACUUUCCAUCAGAAAUUGACACACAAAGAAAAAAUGAAAAGACGCUAUGGGAAAAUGCUUUUAAUCUCAUCAAAGAUAUUAAUGAGGCACUACACACCAAUUUCUUACAAAGUGACCAAUGUAAAAAAGAAGGAGAAAAAUUGAAAACUGAAUAUGACCGCUUGACAAAAGAAAAAGUCGAGUUGGAAGAACGCGUUGAAAAGGAGAAAGAGGAAAUACAACAGAAACAAAUUGAAGAGGAAAAAUUGCAAAAAGAACAAGAAAAAGAAGUUGAAAAUUUACUGAAGGUGGCAACUGAGGAAAAAAGAAUUGUUACAAGAGAGCACAAAACAGAUUUUAACGUUAUUGAAUAUGGAAAAAAUAAAACUUAUUAUUAUUACACAUACAGGGGAACAACUUUUUAUGUGAAAGUGUUUGAAGAUGGUAAUAAACCCCAAAAGAAAGUUGACAAAUAUUCAUUUAUUAGCAGUGAUAUGGUCCUCAACGUCACCUUAUUAGGGAGAAAAACGAAACCAAGAAACAAAGAUUUUGGCGAUGUGGAACUUGUGCUUGGAGCGUUAAAAGACGGGAAAUCAGUCUUUGUUUUUGAUGUGAAAAUCCCAACUUCUUUUUUCAGCCAUGUUUAUCCCGUAGCGUUGUGUGAUUUGAGGCAACUUCAUCGAAGCGAGGAGUUACCACUUGUGUACCCAGUGGAUGUUCCAUCAAACGGAGAAGUUUUAGAAUUCAUUUACGCGAACGACUUUGAUGAUGAAUAUAAAGACUGUGGGAUUCUUGUUUUCCACGUCCAUAAAGAAGGCACAAUCGAGUACCACGACAUUGUGCCUGAAAAAGUCAUUGAAAAGAAAAUGGAGAUGCCUAAACUACUUGAAAAGAAAGGAAUUGAUGUACAACCAAUCAAACCCUUCGAAACAUCAAAACCGCUUCCAGCUACACCAAACGUAAAUCAAAACGAAGAAAAGGACAGUUUUGUCGAUAAAAAAGUGGAGAAUUUAAAUUUUAAGAGUAAUACCACUGAAAGAGGUAUAACUCAAAAGGCACUAAUUGAAAACUACUCUCCUCAAAUAAACACAAAGACGAUAACUGAUCCACUUAUUCAGUCACCAAGAACGCCCAAAACAAAAGUUGAAAGUGUUGAUAAAUCAAAUGAAAUAAAAAGCUUUACAUUUGGUCAACAAACUACUGGUGUUGUUGUUGAUCCCAACACCUCCGCAGUAAAAAAGGAAGCGAGAAGAGACGAUAAAGACAAAGAGAAGCACGAGGAAAAAAAAAGAUAUGAAUACUUGAAACUAAACAAUCAACAAAACAUAUGUAAGACCAUUGUAUUUAGCACUCUGAAUGUCGGAAAAAACCAAAUUAUAAAAACGGACCGUGUUUCUGGCGACGUGUUUUAUUUGCGACGGAAUGGGUUUCAUUACAAAGUUCGAAUAGUUGAAAAUAUGGUAGACGAUAAGGUGUAUGUCGAAAUAUUAAAUGGUGGUUGUCAAGAACUGUGUUACUCAGUCAACACACAUAUCGUUGGUGUAGUUCAACACAACCCAACCAAUCUUAAGCUCAAUCGAGAGUUUAUCGUUAGACUCGAAGAUCUAUUUUCUAAAACGGAAAUUCAUGACGGAAUGACUUUUGGAGUCGAGGUUGGUGUUGUGGAGGUUACAGGAGAAACUCAAAAGGUCUCGCUGAUAGUACCAAUCAGAAUAAAUGCCACAGCUUUUUAUCGUGAAACCAUUAUAGCAAAGUUUUCUGAUUGCUUAUGUGUUAAACUGACUAUUCAAAACUGA